AUGGUGGCACAAGUGCAGAGUCUAGGAGACUUGAUCUCCUCAUUGUUGGAUUGCAGUUCAUCGUAUUCCAGUUGUGAACAAGUGAGGAAUGAGUUUCCUUAUGUACGAGUUCAUGGAUUACGUUGGAUUCUGUUUUCCCUCUUCUUCAGAAUUGAAAGUGUUUUCGACUCGCUCAAAACAAUAGGUGCCCAUCAGCCGAAUACUUUACUUACAGCGUGUCAUCAAUACUUGUUGCAAAAUCCCAAGUUAUCACCACCAUGUAAAGCCUUUGUACUGAAUGCAAUCGACACUGUGGUAUCAGACGCGAAAAUUGUGAAUGAGUUGGAUGAACAGUUGGUACUGCUCAUAAUCAACCUUGCCACCCAAGAGAUGACAAUGACCAGCAAGGAAACGGAUGCAGAUUGGGCCGAAUCAGCUAAGACUGUGUUAGUGACGUUGGCCAAGAGCCCCCGUUUUGUAUCUCAUGUGAUGGAUGCGAUACUACAGAAAUUUCAACCGGGGUUAACCACAAGUCCUCAUCGAUAUAUUGUCCUAACAAUGGCAACUGUAGCAGAGCAUAAUCCAUUCGGGCUUGUAUCAUUCCUUACUGAUAUUCUUUCGCGAACGGUACCAUUGCUAAGCCACGUACGUAGCGACCCGCUAAGAUCGGCAUGGUCCAGAGCAAUUUGUUCAUUCUGUGAAUGCAUCCGCGAGUGUGAAACGGAAAGACCAGUUGAGGCCGAUGAAGGUGAUAUUGAUGGUCAUGAUUUCUUUUUAUUAGGAACCUUCAAAACUUUCUUUUAUCGGGGUGAACUCGCUGCUCUUCUAGGGACGAAUCAUUCUCCAAACCAUGAACGCGAAAAUGAUCGUAACAUGGUUCUGAGUCGGCACACAUACACGGAUCAGGCUGAAGCAAUCUACGAAACUCGUGCUGAAGCUGGCGAAUGUGUUGGCGAACUUUGCCUGAUGAUAAAACCAGAAAAAGUGGUGGAAGAUCUCAAGAAACUAGUAUCUACCAUUCUGGGCUUGUACAGAAAGGCAUAUACCGAACAGCACACAAUCACGAAAGCAGUUUGUCGUUUUCUGGAAGCGACUUGCGCUAAUGAGUCGUGUCCAUUGGAACCCUAUGUAGAAGACGUACUGAAUGCUCUAUUCCCAAAUGCAUGUCUUGAUCCCGAUGACUCAAGUGUGACGUUGAAUCCAGCUGCGAUCAAGAAUCAUAGCGAAGCCUUUAGGUGCUUCCAUGUUGCAGCAACGCGGUUCGCGGAUAAAAUUGUAUAUUAUCUGUUACACAAAAUACAAAGUGUCGUUGAUAUGCAAAAGUUGGGAGCGAUAAAUGUAUUGCGACAUCUACUCAAUUCGGCUGGCCAGUACAUGGAAGACAAGCGUUCACUGUUGAUGAUGGGGCUGAGAAAGCUGUUAGCUGCCGAAAAUAAUUCGUCAAUCAGGGUAAAACGGGCUAUCGUGCAACUAUGUGUUGCCUUAUCCGAUCAUGCUUAUGUAGAUGCUGAAGGGGGUGAUCAUGUGACAGCAUUUCUCGUGAGAAACCUCGUACCGCCGUCAGAUCAGGAAGUUCAGGCUCGUAAAGUUGAAGUCGACGUUGCUGGUUUGAACCAACUUCGCACCCAAUGUGGCCAAGCCCUAAAUACGAUCGCAAGUACAUGCGUCUGUGCCAAUAAAUUGCUUUGGCCAUAUCUAUUCGAAUUCAUAUGCACUGAACGCUAUUUCCCGGUAGUGGGAGAUAUUUGCAAAUGCUUGAGAACCCUGGUCACGAGGGAAAUACAAGACGGCAAAGAACUGGAUUUUGAGACUGGAUUUGAUAACGCACGCGUAGCGGGAAAUUAUGCAGUGCUGGCACGGCUCUUUGUAUGCUUGUGUAACGCUCCGCUAAAUGGACUGUUAGCAAGGAGAGCGAGAGAAAGUUACGGUUUGAUGCGCUUGCUGAGCUCAUGGUUCCAUCCUUCGUUGCCAGAUGUAUUUGAGAAAUGGUCAGAACGGAUGGAGUCUCUUAUGGAUGAAGUGUGCAGCACGUCAUUACCCAGUCCAUCUGGAGAAAGUUCACCUGCCGUUGAACUGAGAGGGCGUCGAAUAGCCAGNUGGCAUGAGGCAUGUCUGGAAAUGUUAUCGGCAUGUAUGGCUGUAGUGAUAGAUGGCGAAUGGCGAAUGAGCUUAGCGGCAGUUAUGGGAAAACAACUUGAUUUGUACAAAGACUACCCAGAAGAGAAGGCUUUUCUUUUGCGAUGCCUAGGAACAGCAUUAUCUAAAAUUGCAUUGAAAUCUUUCGUUGUCGAUCACCUUAUGCUGAUGUUCAAAUCUACUCAACACAAUAUUCCGACAGAGCGACAAGGAUGUGCACGUGGUGUAGGAGCAUGCGCGUCGACACAUAUGGAUUUGGUUCUGAUUGAGCUGGAGAAUGUCUCGAAAUGGGAGCAUGCAAAGAAGAGCUCUGGAUUUUUCGGAUUCAUCAAAGAUGCCAUGCCUAUUCGUCAGUACACUGAUACGGAAAUGGUGCUACUUCGUGCUAGUCUAAUGCUUAGCUAUGGAUACGUCGUUCAAGCGUGUCCUCUCGAUACGCUCACUCAGCGUCUUCAGCAGACUAUUAUCACAUUUUUGAGGCAUUAUUUUGCUAAUAGCAAGCAAGAAACUGUUGUUCGAGAAGCUAUGCUUGAAACAAUGCGACUAAUAGCUAUUUCUGUUCAUCCAUCAAGGCUUCCCGGAGACUACAAAUUCGAUUCUCGUAACGAGUUAAUUGGAUAUAUUAAGGACUAUGUACAAAGUGAGACUCCUGAGAUGUUAUCAAGCUCUCUCAGGCUUCUGGCUGCCAAAGCUACAGCGGCUCUUGUACGGCUGGAACCUCCACUCAGUGACGAUGACAUUUGGGAUUUGGGAUGUGUGUUGACGCAACACAUCUUACCGAUGUGUCGUGAAAAGAGUGGACUUAAAACGAUUGACGAUGAUGAAUCGGCAACGAUCAUGGACGCUACGGUGGCACAGUACGCUAAUGCCCUGGAAGCGAUAAUCGAAAUGCGACCAACCGUUGGUACAAUGUUGUUACCGUACUAUGGAAAGCUAGCUGAACAUGAGCGUAGCAGAUCAAUCGAUGCUACUGUGCAAGUGCUGCGGGUAUAUCUGGACAGGGCGGAAGACAUAAGCAUUGGAAUAGCCAGCGAUUUUGGACCGUUGUCGUCGUUGUUAGCACGUCUGACACCUCGUCUAGUUGAUUCCUUGGCGCUUGUGCGUCAUCAGUCUCUCGUUGCUAUUCAUUAUGCAUUUCGUCUCGCUAAUGCGUACAAGGGCCACGGCACGCUAACGGAUUCUACUUUAUUCAAACCUGAAGAAUUUGCAAGGGCAUAUCUCAGUAAUGAGGGUCGCCUCGAUGCUAACGAUGCUAAGAAAGCAAUCAGGAAAAUGGCAGAGGUAAUCGAGUCGCGCCUACCACAGUGUCAAAUGCAAACCUAUCUGUCAGCAUUAUUUGAAAUGAUGACAGAUCGACAGAGCCAGGUAAUCGAGUCGCGCCUACCACAGUGUCAAAUGCAAACCUAUCUGUCAGCAUUAUUUGAAAUGAUGACAGAUCGACAGAGCCAGGUUUCAUCAGCUGCCGCUCAGUUGCUCACCUAUGCUCUUACCUGCCGAGGAGCGAUUCUUGUUCAUGAGGCUGAUACAUUAGUAACAACAAUACUCGCUCGCUUGCCAGAAGUGCAUUCUUGUGUGCAAACCUACACCGAUCUGUUAGCAGCGCUCGUUGCCUUUGCAGCUCAUCAACAAACGGUUGUAUGUGACGUUAUGUUACGGCAACCACUGCCGUAUUCAGUACAACUUUUGGAUGCAUGGGAAUGUGUGGCGAGAGAGCGGUCGCUGUUUGUGAAUACGCUUGACUAUCUUUUGGAGCUGCUGACAGGUGCACUGGAACAACCGUAUGAUAUAAUGGAUACUGGAGGUGGUAGUUCUGUGAAGAUCGUUCACGUGGAGCCAUGUCAAUAUGCGGCUGCCAUUGCUGAAAUUAUCAAGCACGGUGAACCAGAGUGGACGUUAUACGAGAGAGUACCAGUGCUCAUUGCUGCGAUGUUUCACAUGAUUUGUAGCGUUUCAGACACGCAGUUCCCUGUAGUUGUUAAGGAGAACAAAGAUGAGUUAAUGAUUUCAUCUAGUCGAGCUUCUUUAUAUGCUGCUUCUCCAUUUUUAGGAACUAAGCAGCCUCUCAUCAUAACUCCGGAGUUGAGACGUUCCGCUGAAAGGCCAGCCGGUUUGGCUGUGGCAACGCUUAAGACGCUCUUGUUCAGGUAUUAUGGCAUUUUUUGUUUUCUUGAUUGGAUAUUUUAUUGGAGGUAUUUUGACUUUUCUAUGACUUUCACUCCUCGAGAUAUUUGCAGAACUCAAUCGUCGGCCGUCAUCGAGGAUAUGAAUCAAGCAAGAGGAUGGACAGAAUGUCUUGAUCGAGAGCUAUUCAUAGGCGCGAUAACUGUUCUUGUUCGUUCUCUGGUGGAACACCGACCAGAAUGGGUAGAUUCAUUAGCAAGGAGCGUGAUGGAAAAAUCAAGUCAUGAAAGGGAGCCGAUGCGUUUGGCAGCCGUGAUUGUGUCAUCUGCACUAGUGAAGAAUAACUACUUCAAAAGCUCGAAUGCUCGUAUUAGGGCGAAUGCAGCGCUUCUGACCGGUCAUAUGCUGGGCGUUUUGACUCCACAACUUCGUGCCAUUAUCAGCAAAGAUCUUGUAUUUUCUAGUCUCGUUUUGCUUCUGAGGGAUCCAGAAGAUGUGAGUGUGCGAAUCGCUGCAGCUAAAGCUGUUGGAAGCCUCCACGACUUUGCCUAG